AUGUCUGGUAUAGCGUAUUUUUUUAAACCUAAAAUAAGUGCAACAGAUUCAUCAUCAUCAACAACAGAAAAACGUCCUGGUCGACGUUCAAAAUCAACAAAAUCAUCUGAAACACCAAUAAUAAUUGAAAAAAAUAUUGAAUCAAUUGAACCAACAAAUGAAUCUCUAACUGAAACAAAAAUAAUUAAUGAUGAACAAAUAGAAAAUUCACCAACACCAACACCUAAAAUAAAAUUAAAAUUUAAUUUACGUUCACAAUCUGUUCAAGAUACAUCUGAUAAUCGUUUUAUAACAAAUAUAACACAUGAUACAAAUGAAUUAUCAGCUGAUGAAUCAUCUGAUAAUGAAGUACGUUUAAAAAUUGAUGAUAAUAAUGAAAAUUUUGAUGAUGAACAAAAUUCACCAUUACCUAUUAAACAUGAUGAUUCAUCAUUAUUAACAAUUAAUUCACCAUCAAAAAAAAAACAACAAUCAUCACGUAAAAAAGUUAUUAGUCGUUUAAUUGGUACAACAGUUAAUACACUUGCACUUGAUGAACCAAGUCCAGUAAAAAUUCCACCACAUGAAUCACAAUUUAGUGAAGUUAAACAAACAAAAUCAGGUCGAACUAUUAAAUAUACACCUUAUUUUAAAGAACUUGUUCAAGGUGCAACAAUAUCACCACCAUUAUCACCUGUUCAUUCAACUACACAACCAAAACGUCCAUCAACAUAUUCAAAAAAAAAACAAACAUCAAUUAAAGCUGAUCUUGAUGCUAUUAAAAAUGGAAGUUUACCAACGAUAGUUAAACGAAGAAAAUCAUCUACGGGAUCACCUAAAACUAAAAAACAAACAACAGCACCAGUUAAACGUGUUGGACAAGGAAGAAAACCAACAACACCUAAAAGUGUUGCAAAUACUAAAACAAAACGAGAUUCAAAUCAAAUGGUUAUAGGUGAUGAUGUUGAAAGUGAUGAUGAAAAUGGAAUAACUCAAAGACGAAGUGAUGAUGAAGAAUUUCAUCAAGAAGAACAUACAUCAGAAGAAGAAGAAGAGGAUGAUGAAGGUUUAGAUGUUGAUGAUGAUCAUUCAUCUGGUGUAUUAAGUGAUGAAGACGAAUGGACAACAAUAGGUAAUAAACAAGACCAUGAUCGAACAUUAGGUUUAGCUGCAACAUUAGGUUCAAUGUCAAGUGAAAUGCUUGAUGGUUUUAGUUUAUGGGCUAUGAAAUAUCGUGCACGUCAUCGAACAAUGACACUUGAUGAUAAACGUCUUUAUCGUACAUGGAAAAAAAUGAGUGCACAUGAUCGACAACGUUGGUGUCUUAAAGCUGAAAAAGAAAGUUAUCAUUAUCCAAUAACAGCUGAAUUAUUAAAAGCAUCAACUAGUACUGAACCAGCAACAUCAACAUUACCAUCAACAACAAAACCUACUAAACCAACAAAACGGAAAAAGCCUACAGAUGAUCAUCCACCAGUACUUUUACAAAAAAUUUUAAAUCAAUAUUCUAAACAACAACCAUCAUUAUCAUCAAUACGACCACCGAAUGCUUUUGUUAAACAACAAAUAACAUCACCAAUAAUUACACCACCAAAAAAUUAUGAUAUUGUUGAUAUAGCUGCAGGAAUUUAUUUACUUGGUGAAUCAUUAACAAAAAUGGGUGAAAAAGUUCGACAAUUAGGUCAUCUUAAUCCUCGUGGUACAUCAGCAGCAACAUCAAUUGAUAAUCUUUCAGCUAUUCUUUUUGAUGGAACACUAUGUGCAUGUAAUUUAAUGGCUUGUAUUGGUAAUGAAAUCGUAUCAACGAAUUCAUCAACAUCAAAAUCAGAUCCAUUAACAAAUAAACUUAUGGAAAAUGUUGGAAUUAUCUUACCUGGACUUAAUUAA